ACGGCACUCUAGCACUUGCAUACAAUGACGCAAUCUCCAUGUCUUAUAGUCCUGCUGGCGACAUGGACUUUGGGUUAUUAUCGCCCCCACGCCACUCUAGAACUCCGCAGGCGACUGGAUUCCGCGGAGACGAAGCCUCAUUUGAGACAGACAGAAUAGUCUCGUCGAGAAAUACACCUGGCCGUGAAUAUCCCGUUCUCAGUCUUCCAAGCAACGCCAUGGACUUUAGUGGACUUCCCCUCGAAUUAAAUCUCGAAAUCUUCAAGCACCUGUCUCUUCACGAUCACGUAACUUGCCUUCAAGCAUUUCGACGGUACGAGAAGGCUCUGGGGGAAGCACUCUAUAUAAGACUUCCCCCAAUCCAGGCAUCAGUCGCAGCCGAUGGUCAGCAAGAUCAAAGAAAAAGAAACCAUCACGCUUCGGAGAACACUAGGACGGAAAGCUUUGGAAGCAAGGAUGUCCUGCGCUGGGCCAUCGAGCAUGGCUCUAUCGCUACUCUCCUCAAAAUCGACAGCGUCGAGGAGUUAAAACCUCUUAUCAACGCCUUGAGUUUCACAGCGAAAAAUCCCGCAUUGCUCGCUUGCGUGUACGGCCAGUUUGAAAUCGUCCAGCUCCUUGUAGAGCGCGGUGCGGACGUUAAUCUAAGUCUGGACCGAGACCUAGGACUACUUCCAAUACACUUUGCUACGACAGGACAAUUAGUCGCGGAGCUCAUGUCGCAUGGAGGCCAUUGCGACACAAAGGAUGGCAUCUCGCCAUUGGUAACGUGCCUUUGCUGCAAAGCUGAUGUGAGUGCUGUUCGUGCGUUCCUGAAGCUCGGGUGCAGUCCUCAUGGCGCCACGCCCAAUGGAACGACAACGGCUGUGCUAGCUAUCAAGAACGCAGACUUCGAUACACUUCAGGUCCUCCUGGAUGCAGUGGUAGACAUAAAAGAGUCUCUCCCUGGGGGAGCACACGCUCUUCACUACGCUAUAUGUCUAGCUGAACACAUCCCUGGCCACGACAUUCCGCUACGAAUGGUUCGAACGCUAUUACAUCAUGGCGCCGAUGCCAAAUCCAGCUACGAAUCCAUUACGGACACGGGUGGCCGACGCGAACCUGAGCCACGCUCGACCCCCUACCUCUACCUCGCCACAAUGCUUCCUGAAACAGAAGACAUAGUAGAGCUACUUCUUGAUCGUGGAGCGGAUGCUAAUUGCUACUUCACCCUGAAACGAGGCGUUCUUAAUCCCCGAAUGUGCUCCGAGUCUGAUACAAGGCCUAGCCAUUCGACUCAUAUGAGCAAAACACUUGUGGGCGAGCUCAUUCGUACGACAAUAACCAGACCUCCUGAUGAGAAUGCUGAAUCUUAUAUCAAACCCGAUGUUAUCAGGAAGCUGAAUCUCUUGGCCCUGCAUGGUGCAGAUAUGAAGCACUUCUGGGCGUUCAACAACUACGAUGGGCGUAUCGACGGACAGCCACUCGUUUUUAUCGUCAUGAUUCCGCAUUUGAUGAGGCUAGGAGCCGAUCCUGAUUAUCUAGGGGCGCCGCCUGGUUCCGGUGCUGGAAAUCACCUUCUUCACUUCUUGAUAGAAAGUCUCUAUCCCAAAGUCCAAGAUACAUGGACGGAGGCACAGGUCUACUGCGACAUCCGUUUCAAAAGGCCCUCAUUCUUACUCGAGGCAAUGCAAGCUAUUCUCGAUCGCGGUGCGGACCCCAACGCGACAGGCCAAGAUGAAGCAACACCUCUUAUGCUGGUCUGCGACCAGAACCCUAGCAUGACCGCCACGUUGCUGAUGAAAGCGCUCCUUGAGAGUGGCAAGGUCGAUAUCAGGGCGAAGGCAUCCAAUGGCCAGACGGCUCUUCACAUCGCUUCUCGAGUAUCAUUGCAAAGUUCUGUAGACUAUGACGACUUUUGUCUGAGGUUGCAGUUCUUGCUGAGGUACCCUGAGAGCUUGAAAGACGUGAAUACCAGAGACGACCUCGGAAGGACACCUAUUCACGGGCUCCUGGACGAGGGGUGCGAAUGGGUUUCGCCAGGAGAAGUCGAUCAAUAUUCGAAGCUGCAUACCUUGCGUCGGGCUCUGGUGAUGCUCAUCCGUUCGGGGGCCGACACUACAGCUCGUGUGCACCCCCCAGGAGAAAUAUGCAGACACCCUAUGGGUUGGUUUAUCCGCGGGAACGUGCGAACCCCCUUUAUGACUCAUUAUUUCGGUCCCGAAGGUGACGACUUUUGGGAAGAUGAAGAGUGUGAAGAGGAGAUAGGAGAUACACCCCUCCAUAUGGCUUGCCAAACGAGCCAUGAUCCGACGAUUUUCAUAGAGGUCCUCCUUCGUGGCUGCGCACGGAAAGAUGUGAACGCGGUGUCGAGACGACUGCGUUUGACCCCACUGAUGAUGCUCGUGGGGUUAGCAGCAAAGGGACUGGUUCUUCGCGAGGCUUUGAUGAGGGCUAUCAACCUCCUGGUCGACGCGGGGGUCGGACUGCUUGGAUGGUCUCGAUGGAGAUGAAUGACAAGGUACCGUCUUGGCUCUGGGGACUGUACCUGGAAGAGAUCAUGCCUGAGAUGUCUUGUACGGAGAGGAAAGAGGCUUUAGGGCUUGACAUAAAAGAACGGGUAUCUCUGAGGCAGGAGAGUAGUAGAUAAGCUAG